GAUGCGGAUGUUGUUGACGUUUAUCUUAACAGCACCUUUGCUUUUAUUUCACGUCUAGUUGGCGGCUAAGGGUUCAGGCUCAAGGCAUCAGAGAACGGCCAAAUAUAACAAGCAGAACAGAAGACACUGCCCGAGGGGCUUAACUCAACGGCUGGAAUGGACUCGGCGCCUUUCCUACUUCGCUUGUUUUUGGACUGUCAUUUACCGGACAAGCUGGCUAGCUAGCUGGCUAGUAACGUUAGGCUCCACAACUGUCGGACGAAAGAAGGGAACAGUCAAAGGAGGAAAUAACAGCCAACAAAGUUAGCUUUCUGGUUAAUUAGCUUUCUCGUCUAGCUUGCUUUACGGAUAUCCUACUUGUUAUAGCUAACAUUAGCUAGAUCUUCUCUAUGUGGCUACUGUCGACAACAACGGAACAACUUUGUAGUCAGCUACGUUAUCGGAAUUAGUUCAUGAUUAGCUAAUUAUUUUGUAGUUUUAAGUUGACCUGAAAGCGAGAAUUUACCUCUUCGGUAUUACUGGCAGUAACUCAGCGUUUAUGGUGUCGGCUUACCCAGACACGGAUGUCAAGUAACGUUAAUAGGAAAGGAGAGUUUGUUUUGAUUGACUUGAAGAAUGUUACACUGUCAGUAAUCAAUAAUGUGUUAAUAAACGCCACAGACAGCAGGGUUUAACAGUAUGUGAAUGUUUUGUGUUGACUGAAGCGUUGCCAACGUGUCACAAGCUACGGUAGGGUCCGGGUGCCGCGCGUGUCAGUGAUCGGAAAGCAAACAGGUGUGACCAACAGGUGAACGCGGUUUUAAGGGAUUUGACACUGAGUCAAGGAAGGAGUGUGCGCGAACGUCUUGGUAUAACUUUGUCUUAGAUAUUAAGACGCAUUUUAUGACAGAUCACUAAUAUCAGUUUAAAUAAUACUACAGCAUUCCUGCAUUCUGUCAAAUAUAUUACUUAUGAGUCUGAUUUUUUUCAGAUACAGUUGUAUGUCCAACCUCUUAUCACACCACUGCCAUAAACCGGGAUUUGUACAUUAUGACUUUGGUGAGGUGGAGUGAGUCAAAGAUGGUGUCUAAAUGGGCAUUAAUAAGCUUAUUAGUAACAAUAUUGUUGGCCUUAUAAACAGCACUGCCUCAAUGUGUUGUUUGAAAGCGUAAAAUAAUCAUUGGGCAGACAGACUGCUGAAUAUGUGAACAUGAGAUCUGAGUGCUUGUGUUUAUCAGAGAGUGUUGUGGUGUCUAGGCCAAUAUUAAUGUGAUGAUCGGUUACAGUUGCGCUUGACUGAAAAAGCCAGGUUGUAGCUAUGUGGACAGUGUUGUGGUUUCGCCCCGCAACAAUGUCGGCCCUAUUGUUCUCAUUGCUGCUAUUGCUGAGCACCUUAUGCAGGCUUGGACAAUCUAUGUCACGAGAGGAGAAGCUCAAACUGAGGAACCAAGUGGUUGAGAUGUUUGACCAUGCUUAUUCAAAUUAUAUGGACCAUGCGUACCCAGCAGAUGAGCUGAUGCCUCUGACGUGUCGGGGGAGGGUGCGUGGGCUGGAGCCCAGUCGGGGAGACGUGGAUGACGCACUGGGGAUGUUCUCUCUCACCCUCAUCGACACCCUGGACACUCUAGUGCUCUUAAACAAGACAGCAGAGUUUGAAGCAGCAGUGAGGAGAGUGCUGAAAGAUGUGCGACUCGACAAUGACGUUGUGGUGUCUGUCUUUGAGACCAACAUCCGUGUGCUGGGGGGGCUGCUAGGGGGCCACUCCAUGGCUGUGAUGCUGAAGGAUGCAGGGCAUUACAUGCAGUGGUACCAGGAUGAGCUGCUCCACAUGGCCAAAGACCUGGGUCUCAGACUCCUGCCUGCCUUCAACACCAGCAGUGGCCUGCCUUACCCCAGGGUAAACCUGAAGCAUGGUGUCAGGGGUCCUGAGUCUCGGACGGGCACAGAGACGGACACCUGCACAGCUUGUGCUGGUACCAUUAUUCUGGAGUUCGCUGCCUUGAGUCGCUUCACUGGGGACCCUGUGUUUGAGGUCCAUGCACGGAGAGCCCUAAACUUCCUGUGGGAGAAGAGACAGAGGAACAGCAACCUAGUGGGAACAACCAUCAACAUCCACUCAGGAGAGUGGGUCCGCAGGGACAGCGGAGUUGGAGCAGGGAUCGACUCGUAUUAUGAGUACCUGCUGAAAGCCUACAUUCUCCUGGGAGAUGACCUCUUUCUGCAGCGCUUCAACAUUCACUAUGCGUCUAUAAUGAAGUACAUCAGCCAGCCUCCUCUCCUGCUGGAUGUUCACAUCCACAAGCCUCUGCUGCCUGCUCGCACCUGGAUGGACUCCCUCCUGGCCUUCUUCCCUGGGCUGCAGGUGUUGAAGGGAGAUAUCCGGCCGGCCAUUGAGACCCAUGAGAUGCUGUAUCAAGUCACCAAGAAACACAACUUCCUCCCAGAGGCGUUCACCACUGAUUUCAGGGUACACUGGGCUCAGCAUCCACUUAGACCUGAGUUUGCAGAGAGCACCUAUUUCUUGUACAAGGCCACCAAAGACCCCUACUACCUAGAGGUAGGCCGCACGGUGCUGGACAACCUGAACCGCUUUGCCCGGGUCCCCUGCGGCUUUGCUGCCAUGAAGGACGUUCGCACCGGGAGCCACGAGGACCGAAUGGACUCCUUCUUCCUGGCGGAGAUGUUCAAGUACCUGUUCCUGCUGUUUGCAGAGGAGGAAGAUCUGCCGUUUAAUGUUGAGGACUACAUCUUCACCACCGAGGCUCACCUUCUGCCCCUGUCCCUGUCCCUGUCCACAGCCCCUCACGCCCCCUCUCCUCCAGCCAACUCCACGGUACAGGCUGCAUCUCUGCCUCAUCUGUCCGCCUCUGUCAAAUCUCUUUGGUCAGAGGAAGAGCUGGAUGACUCCAACUUUGAUUGGACCUGCCCCAACACACGCCUCCUUUUCCCUGACCCUGCCUUUCCUCGGAACCUCCGAGAUCCAAUCAGAAGUGCUGUGGACAAGAGCUGUCCCCGCCCUGCCCUUCAUCGUGAGCCAGGGAUGGGUCGCCCCCCUCUGAGGGCUCAGGACUUCAUGGCCAACAACCCUGAUCACCUGGAGCUGCUGAGGAGGAUGGGAGUCAGCCUUAUACACCUGAAGGACGGCAGAGUGCAGCUAGUCCAACACGCUACACAGGCGGUCAGUGCUGUGGCAGCAGAGGACGGGAUGCGCUUCAUGCAGGAGAUGAUGGAGCUGUCCAGCCAGCAGCAGAAGGAGCAGCUCCCGCCACGCGCCGUACAGAUCAUCUCCCACCCCUUCUUUGGCAGAGUGGUGCUGACCGCUGGCCCAGCACAGUUUGGCACAGACCUUUCCAAGAGCAUCACUGGGGUGCGUGGGUUUGUGACAGUGGCUGAGCCCUACAGUGGCUGUGCGGAGCUGAGCAACGCUGCCUUUGUACAGGGCCGCAUCGCUUUGUUGCAACGGGGGCAGUGUAUGUUCGCUGAGAAGGCAAGACACAUCAUGAAGGCUGGGGCCAUCGGAGGCAUCGUCAUCGAUGACAACGAGGGCAGCAGCAGUGACACAGCUCCCCUCUUCCAGAUGGCCGGCGAUGGACGCAACACGGACGACGUCACCUUGCCCCUGCUCUUCCUGUUCUACAAGGAGGGAAACAUCCUGUUGGAGGCUCUUAAGGAGUACAGGGAGGUGGAGGUGCUGCUGAGCGACAAGGCCAGAGACCGAGCCUCCAUAUUCAAAGGUAAACCUCUCCCUGGCAUCCUGCUGGAGAGCAGUGGGGACGCUCAGGAGGAGGACCAAACUUCACCCACCUCCGCAACUCUUGACCGGUCACACGUGAGCACUGUGGAGCUGGACGAAUCAGCUCCCGAAUUGGCUCCUGACAAUGAGGAAGUGACUCCUGAGGAGGAUGUGGGACCUGCCAUUAAGAGUAACCCUGAGCCAGAGGAGGAGCCUGCUGUUGACAAGGACUCUAGCAGCAAAUCAGUGAAGGCCAUGAUGGCUGAUUGGCGGGAGGACUUAGAGGCGUUCCAGCAGAUGGAGAAGGAUGAGCUUUGACAGCCUCUACAUCCCCCCCCCUCUCCCUUAUUCUCCUCCCCACUGAUCUUUCCCCGCCACAGUAUUGGCCUGGAGGACAGCUGACUGUGCCUCCUAAAGGAUAACGUUUUAGUGGGGAGAUGAUUUUAUAAGGAAUGGUUACCAGGAUUGAAUACAGUGACUUUCACUCUGUUCUUUCUCUUCACCUGUCUCUAGUUUCUCAGGUGUCAACAUGUCAACAUUGCUCCCCUGGCAUACAUCUGCCCAUCUCAUAUUUCAGAUUCUGGGGGGGUCUUCUCUCUUUUGGCUCAUAACAGAACAGACUGCAGUCCAGGUAUGUCACCAUGGACAUCUGGUCUAGUUUCACUGUUUUCUGGUCUUUAAAUUAGUUUUUUUUUUACGUUUGUCUUCCUCUGAAAUACAUUUCUGGGUCACUGACAUAUGGGAGCAGAUUCUGAUGGCUGGUUGAAUAAUAAUCCACUGACUAACUGGUUGAAUGAUUGGUUUAUUUAACUGUGAUAUGUUGUCGGGAACAUUUUACUAUUUUAUUUUGUGGGCCUAAUUUAUGGGGUCAAUAUUAAGCUACUUGGCUGUAAGGGAAUGCAGUGAGAAGCAGUCUAAAAGGCUAGUACUGAGAAUCACUUAGCACUGGCACUCUCCAGGAAGAUAUGAAGUUAUUAGUGUGAGUGUCUAUGUAUUUGUCAGUUAUUUCCAAGGUCAUUUGAAAUAAAGUGCAGGUUCUGGUCAGUGUGAGAGGUCACCCCUCUGGUCCACAUGGGAUGAACUGGCCCUACCCUUGCCCUCUGUUUCAUCAUGGAGACAGGAGGGCAGACCGCAUAGAAGGGUUGGUUGUAUAGCAACAAAACCGACUGUUGCGCAACUAUAUCAAGAUAUAAAAUACUGUACUGUCUUUGGGUAUACCAUGUUCUAUAUCUAUGGCAGACAGUACCACUGACUGGCCAGCAGAGGGGAUCCUUGUUUGGGGCAUCAUACUGAUCUGGAGCUUGCUGACUGACUGGAAGACCAAACAAACAAAAAAGCCAACAAUGUAAUUAACUUUUAAUAAAAUUGAUAAAGAAAUUAA